UGAUUAAAUCAGUGGUUUGCUCCGUGAAUUUUCAAAAACAUUGAAAUUUAACCUUGGAAUUAUUACUAAAAUUUUCCGGUUCAAACUCAAAUUUAAGUCAGAAUGAUUUUCAUUAUCGUUGACCCAAUCUUAAAGCCCCGAGAAUCGAGACUAACGUGUGUUUGCCUGGUCUAAUACUCGAGUUCUUCUUAUUGAGUAAAAAUCAUCAAAAGUUGUAGUUGAAGGCAUUACUUAAAAAGGCAACAACAAUCUCUCUAUUUCAACAGCUGUUGUUAGGUCAUUGUCUUUGCGGUGCUAAUAAGCUUUUCAGCUUAACAAAAAAGUUUACUAUACAUUCAUGGUGAAUGCGAAGCUUUUUCUUUUAUACGUGAAUGCUAAUGUUUUUAACGUAAAUUUUUAGCCAAACCCCACAAUUCUGUGUUCUCUGACGCAUUUCAUCAAACAUCUUUUUUGAUGUCGUGGAAAAGUGGCAGUGGAGCCUUAAAAUAAUGAUUUGACAGUGUAUGACUGUGUGCUUGUUUGUUGUUUCCAAAGAAACUUCGUUGCAUUUCCCUUUUUUGCCUUUUUCCCCCCAAAAGGCUGGUUUCUUAUAUCGGUUUUCUUCCCCCCUCCCUUCUUUUGUUUAACAUGUUAGAGUUGAGCUUGAUCAUAAUUCAUAAUUUUUGUCCUUGGCAAUUGCAGUUAAUGAAAUGGAAUUUGGCAUGAUUUUGAUCUUAUUUGUGGCUUCAAUCCCUACAAUUUUGGCUGAAGAUAUUAGUUAUGGAACAAUUGUAGUUGAUGGGACUACAAGUAUUGCUCAAACCGAUGAUAAUUUCGUUUGUGCUACAAUCGAUUGGUGGCCUCAUGAUAAGUGUGAUUAUAAGCAGUGUCCGUGGCACUAUACAUCUGCAAUAACUUUGGACUUGUGUCAUCCUAUCCUUACCAAAGCUAUCCAAGCUUUCAACCGUUUGAGAAUACGAAUUGGAGGGUCUUUGCAAGAUCAAGUGUUGUAUAAUGUUGGAAAUUUGAAGUCUCCUUGCCAUCCAUUCAGAAAGAUGAAACAUGGGCUGUUUGGAUUUUCAAAGGGAUGUUUGCAGAUGAAAAGGUGGGAUGAACUAAACCAUUUCUUCAAUGCUACCAGUGUGAUGUUGACCUUUGGCUUGAAUGCACUCUAUGGGAGACAUAAAAUAAAGGGGAGCCUUUGGGGAGGGGAAUGGGACUCUAGCAAUGCAGAAGAUUUUAUCAAGUACUCCAUUUCAAAGGGAUACCAGAUAGAUUCAUGGGAAUAUGGUAAUGAAUUGAGUGGAAAUGGUGUUGGUGCACAUGUUCAUGCUGACCGAUAUGGGAAAGAUUUGAUCCACCUAAAGAAAAUCAUAAAAGAGUUAUACAAAGGCUCCCAAUUUGAACCAUUAUUAGUUGCACCAGGAGGAUUCUUUAACCAACAAUGGUUCACCAAGCUUCUUCAGGUCUCUGGCUCAAAUGUACUUGAUGCUAUAAGCCAUCACAUAUACAAUUUGGGUGCUGGUUCUGAUCCCAAACUUGUAAGUAAGAUAUUGGAUCCUAACCACUUGAACAAGGUUGCAAAUACUUUCAUCAAUCUUGCACGCACCGUCCAGACGCAUGGUCCUUGGUCUUCCGCAUGGGUCGGAGAAUCCGGUGGGGCUUAUAACAGCGGCGGUCCUCACGUGUCUGACACAUUCGUCAACAGCUUUUGGUAUUUAGAUCAGCUUGGAAUGGCUUCCAAGUACCAUACUAAAGUAUAUUGUCGGCAAACACUAAUUGGUGGCAACUAUGGUCUUCUCAAUGCCACAACAUAUGUUCCAAACCCCGAUUAUUACAGUGCACUUCUAUGGCAUCGUUUGAUGGGAAAAACGGUUUUAGCUGUUGGUAGUGAUGCAUCCCCCUUUUUGCGAUCUUAUGCCCAUUGUUCUAAAGGAAGAAUUGGUGUGACUUUACUCGUGAUCAACUUGAGUGAUCAGACGAAAAUCAUUACGGAUGUUCAAAACGGUAUGAACAACAACAUCAAGUUGGCUACAGAACAACAAAACAUCAGCAGGAAGAGCUUCUCAUGGUGUCUUAAGAACACAGCUUCUGGAGCCGAAAUCAAAGCUUCUUCUGACAAAUAUUCAUAUAGAGAAGAGUAUCACUUAACUCCAAAAAACGGGUACCUUCAAACCCGAACUAUGGUUCUUAAUGGCAUUCCUUUAGAACUUACAAGUACCGGAAACAUCCCAAGGCUAGACCCUAUUCGUGUUAAUGUUAAGUCUCCGAUAUCCAUCAGUCCGUUGUCGAUUGCCUUCAUAGUAUUCCCCGACUUUGUUGCUCCGGCUUGCAGAUAAUCGUUCGAGAUUCCCUUUCAUACGCUAUAAUAUAGUUUUUCUAGGUUAGUACAAGUUUUUGUCAACUUUAAUAUCUAUACUCGUACUUUCCUCUAAAUAUAAGAAAA